AUGGCAGACAUCAAGAAUAACGAAGCAGCAUGGAUCGUGGGCGAGAAGGUCCAUCCCCUCGAAGUGCGGCCUGGCCCAGACCAGACCAAACCUGAGAGCAACGAAGUGAUCAUUCAAGUCGCGGCUCUCGCUAUCAACCCAACAGACCCUUACAUCCAGGAUGCCCCCUAUCUGCCCCUGAAUUACCCCCAUGUACUUGGCACAGAUGUCGCAGGGACGGUAGCCAGCGUUGGCUCGCAAGUCACGCGCUUCAAGCCUGGCGACAGGGUCAUAGGGCACACCGUCGGACUAGCCCACGGCGGCGCCCGGCACGGCGGCUUCCAGAAGUUCGCGGCGUGUCUCGAGGUCGGCGUGGCCAAGAUCCCAGACUCUUUGUCCUUCGAGAAAGCUGCGGUCCUGCCGCUCAGUAUUUCCACCAGCGCCACCGGCCUCUACGAGGUCCUGAAGCUGCGCCUGCCCAGCGUCGAGGCCCCCAAGGCCGACCCCUCGGGCAAGGAGACGGUCCUCAUCUGGGGCGGCGCCUCCUCCAUGGGCAGCACGGCCAUCCAAUUCGCCGUGGCUGCGGGCUACCGCGUGGUCACGACGGCCAGCGCCAAGAACUUUGAGUAUGUGAAGUCCCUGAACGCCUUCACCAAGGAUAACGUGGUCGUGUUCGACUACAAGGACCCGGACGUGGUCAGCAAGAUCAUCGCGCACGUCAAGGAGUCCGGCGCCAAGUUCGUCGGCGGCUACGACUGCAUCAGCGUCGACCCGUCCGCCACGAAGGCCUGCGUGGACGUAGUGCACGGCCUUGGGGGUGGCCCCUUGCCUGUGGUGCGGCCGGCCAGCCUCACACCGAAGUGGAGCGCGCUUCCCGAGGGGUCACCCGAGGAUGUUCAGGGCGCGGUCGUCUGGGGCGUCAACCCCGUGCUGGUGCCUGAUCACGCAGGAGCACCUGUCUGGGUCGACUACAUCCAAGAGGCCCUGCAGAAUGGGACAUUUGAGGCGAAGCCGGAGCCGUUGGUUGUCGGCAAGAGUCUCGGCGACGUCCAGGCUGCCAUGGAUCUGUACAAGAAGGGGGUCAGUGCCCAAAAGAUUGUUGUGACCCUCUGA